AUGGAACAAGUCGAACGAGUACAAUCUUCACAAAUAUCUAAUAUGUUUGCGCAAAUUAUUAAAACAACUCAACAAAAUAACAAUAAGCUUUCAAAAGAUUUAGAAAAUUUUUUACCUUCAAAUUAUAAUUAUUUAAUUCAAGAAUUUUCUGAAAUACCAAUAUCGAAACAAAUGAAG